AUGGUGAUCGGGCAGCUUGGCAGGAGCAGCAGCAGGGGAGGGAAAAUACAAAGCAAUGCGAUGCUGUCGAAUGGAGCAGCAGGGGCGGAUGACGACGGGCGCAACGACCUAAAGAAGUCCUUCAACGACCUGCAUGCGCGUAUGAUGGAGCAGGUGGAGCAGAAGGAGGUGCUUCGGCAACGGGCACAGCAUGCUAAGGAGCAAUUGCGCUCAGGCGAGUGGAGGAAGGCACGAGACGAGCAGGCAAAUAUGCAACGCUUCUUUGGCUCUGUUGACUGGAGGUGUGCUCUUUCAUUGGCUUCUUCCUUGAUAAUAUUUUCGUUCGGUUGA